AUGACAAAUAGUUCUUCAACGGGUCAACACCAAGGUGUUGCCCUCGUAAUGAUUUACUUGACUGAGGCUUUCCUCAUUUUCAUUGCCAACCUUCUCACUAUCCUGACAUUUACUUUAAACAGCAAUUUACGCAAACAAGCAGUGUACUGUGUUAUUAAUCUUGCCAUAGCUGACAUGUUGGUUGGACUUGGUAUAACAUGCAGUCACGUGUCUGGCAGUCAYUGGCGAAUAUGGCAUGCACGAGCUGUUUUAUCUAUCUCAAGUGGCAUUUCAUUAUUGYUUUACAAUUAUUACACUCUAUCGAUCUUUAUCAAAGUAAAGAACCAAAAACUAAUUUCUGAUGAGAACAGAUCGUCAAGACGAGAAAAAAGCCUGGCACUAACUUUGUUUAUAAUGACCGUGGUAUCAUYGGUAGCCUGGAUUCCAUUGGCUGUAUUGUAUAUUAUUAGAUUGACGACUGAUGUUCAAUACUCGGCUGUUUUUUUCUCCGUUUUGUUAUCGAUUAGUUUGUCGAAUUCUCUGAUCAACCCUUUGGUGUACACAUAUCGCAUGAAUGAGUUUAGAAAAGCUCUUUAUAAACUGCUGUCCAGAUGUUCACUAAAUAAUGCUAAUUAAGUAUCCUUUGCAUUCCGUUAAGAUAAGAGUUUGGGAUC